AUGAGCGCGUGCAACAAGCCAAUAUGGCAUGCCGAUGACUUUUCACGAUGUUUCCAACGAGCAUACCUGCAAGAGCUGCUGCCCGCAAUAGCAUGCAUAAUAUCAGCGCUCUACCUAGCAUACCAACUAAUACGAGUCGCCCAACGACGAGCACAAGAAACGAACGCCGAGUACAGUAAACUCAAGCAGAAUGGCUGGAAUGGGGCGCGCAGCUACGGCGCCACGCAGCAGGCGAAUGGUGAAGAUGAGGACUCGAGCGAAGACGAGAUGCAGCGCAACCAGGAUCUGGCGCUGCAGUUGACGAAAACGAAGGCCACAGACUACUCAGUCCUGACGCUGGAUCGACCAAGAGGAGAAGUUGUGAUACCUGUGAUUGAAGAGCUGGCUGUGUUGGCAGAGCUGGGCGUGCAAGUGGCGGCAUACGUACUACAUGCUUGGGGCAAUAAGGGCCAGCUCGCAGCACUUGCGAACAUCACGGUGUGGGCAUAUAUCGCGGCUUUGACAUCAUCAAGAUUAUUACUGUUCUCAGCACAUUCAAGAUGGUCCUUCCCAAAGCUGUGGUACCACACAGCGUUCCUCUACUGCUUCCAAUGGCUGUUUGUGGUCAUGCUCUUCCGAUCCGAGAUCAUACACCCUCGAUCGAAGCAGUCAGAGGCUCUGAUGAGCACCCACUUCGCUCUGACUACGCUUCUCGCCAUCAUUGCUCUGACAUCACGGAAGGGCAACAAAGCUGUGGAGCUGGAGUACGAGGGUGACAUCCUGCCAUCGAAGGAGCCACUCGCUAGCGUCUUGUCGCUCAUCACUUUUGGCUGGUGUGACGAGAUCGUCUGGCACGGCUACAGGAACGCCUUUGAGAUGAAGGAUGUCUGGAAUCUCAUGCCCAAGGAUAAAGCUGCAGCCAUUCUGGCGGAUUACAGACAGCUGAAGAAGACCAACAUCUUGGCCUGGCAUCUGCUCAAGUACUUUAAGAAAGAGCUGAUCGCGCAGGCGCUGUGGGCAGGCAUCUCAGGAGUGGUCACAUUCGUGCCGACACUUCUGCUAAAAGUCAUCCUGGAGUACGUGGAGGAGCCGACACAGACCCCUCGCAAUGCCGCUUGGCUCUACGUGAUCUUGCUGUUUGUUUCUGGCGUGAUCAAUGCCAUCUCCAGCGGACAGGCCCUGUGGAUCGGACGUAAGAUCUGCAUCCGACUUCGUGCGAUCAUCAUCGGCGAAAUCUAUGCUAAGGCGCUGCGUCGACGUGCGGCUGCAGCAGCCGACAAGGUCCUUGGCCAAGAAGAGAAGAAGUCCAUCAGGGACGAGCCGAAGCAGGGUUUGAUCAAGCGCAUUACCGGCAUUGGAAAGCGAAAGAAGGACAAAGCUGGCGACAAUGGAGCUCCUGCUGGCAGCACCGAUGCCUCGCCAGUGGAUGACUCGCAAGUCACGUCCGGCGCCAUCAUCAACCUCAUGGCUGUCGACUCCUUCAAAGUGUCGGAAAUUAGCGCUUAUCUGCACUUCUUGUGGGCCGAGACACCAGCGCAAUUUGUCCUCGCUAUCGUGCUGCUAUACCUCUUUCUUGGCAACAGCAGUAUCGUUGGUAUUGCCAUGAUGGGUCUCCUGCUUCCGGUCAACAUGUACAUUGCCAAGCAGUUUACCUCAGUACAGAAGAAGAUUUUGGCCGCCACCGAUGCACGAAUCCAUACUACCAACGAAGUCUUGACAAACGUACGCAUCAUCAAGUACUUUGCGUGGGAGCAGCGCUUUCUUGGCUUGGUCGAGGAGAAGCGAGUGACUGAGCUCAAGCACUUGAGGUACCGAUACAUUAUCUGGGCCGUGGCAGCUACCAUCUGGUCCGGCGCCCCGAUCGUUAUCACGUUCCUCACGUUCCUGGUCUACACCCUCGUCGAGAAGAAGGACCUUGUUCCGUCCGUUGCGUUCACAGCGCUAUCGUUGUUUAGUCUGCUGCGAAUACCGCUAGAUCAGUUGGCGGACAUGGUCGCUCACGUGCAGGAAUCGAAAGUCUCGGUCGAUCGUGUCGAAGAGUACCUGAAUGAGCCGGAGACGAACAAGUACAAGCAACUUCGGAGUGACGAGCUUGACGAGGAUGGCGACCCUUUGAUCGGCUUCGAGAAUGGCACAUUCAGCUGGGGUAGCCAAGACAGUGAUGACUUUAAGAUGAUGGAUCUUGAUAUGUACUUCAAGGUUGGUCAGCUGAACGUGAUUAUCGGUCCUACAGGAAGUGGCAAGACUUCUCUGUUGAUGGCUCUCCUUGGCGAGAUGACGUUACUGGACGGCGCUGUCUUCUUACCGGGUGGUCGCAGCAGAGAAGAAGUCAAGCGAGAUCCGGAAACUGGCCUGACAGAAUCGGUUGCAUACUGCGCGCAGCAAGCUUGGCUCGUCAAUGGUACCAUCAAGGAGAACAUUGUCUUUGCCAGCAGAUUCGAUGCCAAGAGGUACAAGAAUGUGAUUGUCGCUUGCUCUUUGCAGCGAGAUCUGGAAAUCCUGGACGCAGGCGAUCAGACACUCGUCGGUGAAAAGGGUGUCACACUCUCGGGAGGUCAGAAACAACGAAUAAGUCUUGCAAGAGCACUCUAUUGCGAUGCUCGCCACAUUCUGCUAGACGACGUGCUCAGUGCAGUUGACUCGCAUACUGCCAAAUGGAUCUUCGACAAGGCGCUGAUGGGACCACUCAUGUACAACAGGACCUGUAUACUGGUCACUCACAAUGCAGCCCUUUGUCUGCCACGGGCGGAGUUUGCAGUGGUCCUCGAGAAUGGUCGAGUCGCAGCACAAGGUACAGCCACUGAGGUCAUCCACUCUGGCAAGCUUGCAGAAGAUGUCUCGAAAUUCGAGCUGGCACCAUCCAGACCAACGUCCGUACUACCAUCGCGGGUGCCUUCCGACGUCGGUGGUGAUGAGCCCAUGGUUGAUCAUCUGUCGAAUGGCAAUGCUAAUGGCACUUCGACGCGGAGAGAUACAGAAACUAAUGGCAUACCCACCGGCGAACCACUAUCGAAGGCGAUCUCGAAAGACAUCCCAGGCAUGAACAACACUACAGACGAGACAGCUGCAUACGACGAGAAGAAGGCGACAGGUGCUAUCAAGCUUUCGAUCAUUAAGAUGUACCUUGGUAACAUGGGCGGCGUCUUCUACUGGCUGCUGGCUGCGUUGUGCUUCGCCCUGCAGCAGCUAUCACAGGUCGCCACAAAUGUCUGGAUCCGGCAAUGGGCCAAUGCAUACACUAGAACAGAAUAUCUCGCCGCAGAUGUCGCCCGUCAUGGCUCCCAAGUAACCCACGUCCAUGGCAUCACAAGCUCAGCCAACUGUAUGAGGAGUGGAUCAUGCAUCUGGAGUGGCCUCUGGAGCCAGCAGGUCAAGGACUUCACUUCAUUCAAGGUUAUGAACUCAGAAGUGGAUGUCGGCUACUAUCUUGGAGUCUACGCGGUCCUCGGCAUCGCUUAUAUGGCGGUGACCUUGUUCCGCGAAGGUGUCCUUUUUGGUGGCUCCCUCGCAGCAUCGAGGAGGAUCCACAGGCAACUCAUGGAGCGCGUGACCCACGCCAGGUUCCGGUUCUUCGACUCCACACCGCUUGGUCAGAUCAUGAAUCGCUUCUCCAAGGACGUUGAAGCCGUCGACCAGGAGAUUGCUCCUGUUGCUGUCGGUGUUGUCCACUGUCUGUUCUCGAUAUUGACUAUCGUCAUCUUGAUCUCGGUCAUCACACCUGCUUUCCUGAUCGCAGGCGUCUUCAUCAGCAUACUAUACUUCAUCAUCGGCAAAGUGUACAUCAGCUCAUCGCGAGACCUGAAGCGCUUGGAGUCAGUGCAGCGCAGUCCGCUAUACCAGCAAUUUGGAGAAACACUGUCUGGUAUGACGACGAUUCGCGCAUACGGCGAUGAGCGUCGCUUCAUUCGCGAGAAUCUGCACAAGGUCAAUACCCACUCGCGGCCAUUCAUCUACCUUUGGGCGGCCAAUCGAUGGCUCGCGUUGCGCGUCGAUGUCGUCGGCGCUUUGGUCUCCUUCUUCACUGGCGUUUUCGUCAUCCUCAGUGUUGGUCGCAUCGAUGCUGGUGCGGCUGGUCUGGCCAUGACUUAUGCUGUCACGUUCACAGAGAAUGUGUUGUGGUUCGUUCGACUCUAUGCGAGUAACGAGCAGAACAUGAACGCUGUCGAGCGUGUCAAGGAGUAUCUUGAUGUCGAACAGGAAGCUGCGCCAAUCGUGCCCGAGAACCGUCCCGAAGCCAAUUGGCCAAGUCAAGGUUCUGUCGAGUUCAUCGGUUACAGCACGAGGUAUCGAAGUGACUUUGAUUUUGUGCUCAAGCAGCUCACGUUCAAGAUACUGCCGGGCGAAAAGGUCGGCAUCGUUGGCAGGACAGGUGCUGGCAAAAGUUCCCUUGCACUCGCGCUCUUCCGCGCUCUUGAAGCUGAGGAAGGCAAGAUUCUGAUCGAUGGUGUUGAUAUUGGCCUCAUCGGCCUGCAAGAUCUUCGUGAGAACAUCGUCAUGGUGCCUCAAGAUCCGACACUCUUCACCGGCACUAUCCGAAGCAACUUGGACCCCUUUGGUCUCUUCACCGAUGAAGAGAUCUUCACCGCCCUGCGAGGAGUACAGCUUGUUGGAUCCGCGACGUCGACUGUGCCAUCAGCUGCACCUUCGCGACCAGAAACACCAUUAGGCGACAUCAAGUCAAGAAGAGGAUCACCGGUUCUCGACACGAAGAAGCAAUCACCGACCUCCAAGACCACACCAGUGCCAGCAAGUCCCACAAGUCCUACAGCCCUGGAGAACAAAAACCUCUUCCGCAAUCUCAACUCACCCGUUGCUGAGCACGGCUCUAACCUCUCUCAAGGACAGCGCCAACUCCUAUGCCUGGCGCGAGCAAUGCUCAAGGCACCGAAAGUGCUCCUGAUGGACGAAGCCACAGCCUCAAUCGACUACGCCACCGACUCUAAGAUCCAAGAGACGAUCCGUGAGAUCAAGAAUACCACCAUCACCAUCGCACAUAGAUUGCAGACCAUCAUCGACUACGACAAAGUCCUCGUGCUCGAUCAAGGUGAGGUCAAAGAAUACGGCGAUCCCUUCGACCUCCUCAACACCAACGGUGGCAUUUUCCGUGGCAUGUGCGAGAUGACGGGCGAUUUCGAGAUCCUUCAGCGUGAUGCAAAGAAGGCGCACGAAGGACGAAAGUAA